AAUGUGAGAGAGCCAUAGAAAAAACGAUCCUGUCGAUCUCGCCUCUAAGCAACUUGAAGAUAGUUGUGGUGCCUUGCACAUACCUAUACUCAUAUUUUUUUGUAAUAAAAGGCUGUUAAGUGUCGGUUUACGAUGAGUUUGUUCAGUUUGUUGGUGCGAUCUAUCCAGAUAGGAAGGUGAUUGAUGUUUGGCUUGUUGCAAUACACGUGUUCUAUCCGAUAUUGUGUUGUUUGCGUUUGUUAUUAAUUUUACGCUUACGUUUACUUCCAGCUACGCUCCGAGGCGGAUCGUUCAGUUGUGCUCUCUUCCAUAGCAGAAUCAUGGCGAGUGGUAAAAUUGCAAUUCUCAGCGUGUCGGACAAGUCCGGUCUGUUGGAUUUGGCCAAGGGAUUGAAUCAGCUUGGUCUGAAGUUGGUGGCCAGCGGAGGUACCGCCAAGGCCGUCCGCGAUCAGGGGCUUCUGGUUCGGGAUGUGUCCGAUGUAACUGGUGCCCCAGAGAUGUUGGGAGGUCGCGUGAAGACGUUGCACCCUGCGGUCCAUGGUGGUAUUUUGGCUCGAGAGACCUCUUCGGAUUUGAACGAUAUGAAGCGACAGAACUUCGAGUUUGUCCAGGUGGUAGUGUGCAACUUGUAUCCUUUCGGGUUGACCAUCUCCAAACCGGAUGUAACGGUUGAGGACGCCGUGGAAAACAUCGAUAUCGGAGGAGUUACGCUGCUGCGGGCGGCAGCCAAGAACCACAAGCGAGUAACGGUGUUGUGUGAUCCCUCUGACUAUGGAAAGGUUCUCGAUGAAAUCAAGCAACACGGAGACACUACGGAAGCAACCCGACAGGUUCUAGCAUUGAAAGCUUUCACUCACACAGCCGAGUAUGACAAUCUGAUCUCUGACUAUUUCCGUAAGCAAUACUCGGCGGGAGUUUCGCAGCUCAACCUUCGGUACGGCAUGAACCCUCACCAGAAACCUGCUCAGAUCUUCACUACGCUGGAGAAGCUCCCGUUGAAGGUCGUCAACGCAUCGCCAGGGUUCAUCAACCUGUGUGACGCGCUGAAUGGUUGGCAGUUGGUUCGCGAGCUGAAGAAAGCCUUGGGACUUCCUGCUGCCACUAGCUUCAAGCAUGUGUCCCCAGCUGGAGCUGCCGUGGGAGUUCCGCUGACGAUGGACCAAGCAAAGCUAUGCAUGGUUGAUGACCUGUUUGACAGCCUAACGCCACUGGCUACAGCCUAUGCUCGCGCCCGUGGUGCCGAUCGUAUGUCUUCUUUUGGCGACUUCGUAGCCCUGUCGGACACCUGUGACUUGGUCACUGCCAAAAUCAUAUCCCGCGAAGUAUCCGACGGAAUCAUUGCUCCGGGAUAUACCGAAGAGGCUCUGGAGCUGUUGAAGAAGAAGAAAAAUGGAGGCUACUGCGUCCUUCAGAUUGACCCCACUUAUGAGCCGAGUCCAGUGGAGAGGAAGACCUUGUUCGGACUUCAGAUGGAACAACGUCGCAACGACGCCGAUAUCAACAAAGCGCUGUUCACCAAUGUCGUAACGAAGAACAAGAACCUCCCGGAUGGGGCCCUGCGAGAUCUGAUCGUCGCUACCAUCGCUCUGAAGUACACUCAGAGUAACUCAGUGUGCUACGCAAAGGACGGCCAGGUUGUCGGUAUUGGAGCAGGUCAACAGUCUCGUAUCCAUUGUACUCGGCUUGCCGGUGAUAAGGCCGACAACUGGUGGCUCCGGCAGCAUCCACGCGUGACCUCGAUGCAGUUCAAGAAGGGAGUGAAGCGUGCGGAGAUCUCGAACGCCAUCGACAACUAUGUCAACGGGACCGUCGGCAAGGACAUGCCCGUGGCUCAGUUUGAGUCGAUGUACGAAAAAGUUCCGGAGUUCCUGACCGACGCCGACAAGCAUAACUGGGCCAAACAGCUGACGGGGGUAUCGCUGGGAUCGGAUGCUUUCUUCCCGUUCCGGGACAAUGUCGAUCGGGCCAGAUUGAGCGGCGUUUCGUACAUCGCCAGUCCGUCCGGAUCGACGAAUGAUGCCGGCGUCAUCGAGGCUUGUAACGAUCAUGGGAUUGUCAUGGUGCAUACCAACCUGAGAUUGUUCCAUCACUAGAAGUGGUACAGAAUGGCCCUGCUUCUAUAUUACUAUAAAAGUUUUUACAUAUAGUUAUGUCUUGAUCUUGAAGUAUAAUAUCGUAUUGGAAUGUGUAAUAAACAUAAUAUACUUUAUAGUUAACUAA